CUCUCUCUCUCUCUCUCUCUCUCUGUCUCUCGCGCUCUGUCUCUCUGUCUGUCUGUCUCUCUCUCUCUCCCUCUCCUCCUCUCUCUCUCUCUCUCUCACCUGGAGGCCUGAGUGUAGCUCUGACAUGUCUGCUGCUGCCGCCCUGCAGGUGUACAAGGAGCUGGUGCUGCUGUACCUGGAGGAGGGCCGGCGCCAGGUGAACUCUACCUGCGUGGACCUGGAGGCGUGGCAGAUCAUCGGGGGUGCGGUGGCCUCCACGCUGGGGGCCGUCUGGAUCAGAGGCGUCCUGUUCCAGAGAGAAAGUCUCCCGUCUAGAAUCAAGAAGCUGUGUUUUCGACUCAUCAGAAAAAUCCCCUACGUCGGCGCCACUAUCCAGAGUCAGCUCAACAAGGCGCUGGACGACAUGUCCGUCAACCUGUGCACGCUGAAGGAGGGCAUGAGCUACACCAAGCAGCUGCCCCCCAGAGGCCUCUCCCAGAGCCAGGUGCUGGACCGGAUCAGGGAGUACGAGACCCUGAGUGAGGUGCAGUGGGAGAACGGCUGUGUCUCGGGGGCGGUGUACUGGGGGGACGAGACCCUCACCAGCCUCCUGGUGAAGGUGUACGGAGAGUUUGUGUGGAGCAACCCGCUGCACCCAGACAUCUUCCCCGGCGUGAGGAAGAUGGAGGCGGAGGUGGUCAGGAUGGCGUGCACGCUGUUCCAGGGCGGGCCGGAGUCCUGCGGCACGGUGACGUCAGGAGGAACCGAGAGCAUCCUGAUGGCCUGCAAGGCCUACAGGGACAUAGAUGCCAUGAGGAGAGCCAUCAACAAGAACACCGCCAUGCUCGUGUGCUCCACGCCUCAGUUUCCUCACGGAAUCAUUGACCCCGUUGAGGAGGUCGCCGAGCUGGCCGUGCGCUACAACCUGCCGCUGCAUGUGGACGCCUGCCUGGGAGGCUUCCUCAUCGUCUUCAUGGAGAAGGCCGGUUACCGGCUCGCCCCGUUCGACUUCAGGGUGAAGGGCGUCACGAGCAUCUCUGCUGACACCCACAAGUACGGCUUCGCCCCCAAAGGCUCCUCCGUGAUCCUCUACAGCCACAAGCGCUUCCGUCACUAUCAGUACUUCGUGGCUCCGGACUGGCAGGGCGGCAUCUACGCCUCGCCCUCCGUCGCCGGCUCGCGGCCCGGAGGCAUCAUCGCCGCCUGCUGGGCGACCAUGAUGCACCUGGGCGAGGACGGCUACGUGGACGCCACCAGGAAGAUCAUCGGCACGGCGCGCGAGAUCAAGGAGUCUACCCGUCUCAUUGUCUACCCGUCUCAUUGUUUACCCGUCUCAUUGUCUACCCGUCUCAUUGUCUACCCGUCUCAUUGUUGUUCUCAGGGAGCGAUCUACGGCAUGGCCCAGUCCAUCCCGGACCGCUCCAUGGUGACGGAGAUCUCCCGCGGCUUCCUGGACUGUCUCUACAGCACCGAGGCGUCCAAGCCAAUCAGCAGCCAGAUGAACGGCAACGGCAAAGCCCACUGAAGCAGGACUGACCCCCUGACCCCCCCCCCUCCAGAACCCCUUGUGGCCGACGGUUGCCUUACCUUGCACACCUCCUCCACACUGAAAACAUCUGCAGAGAUCAUCGUCUUUAAUCAGCGUUACACAAAUGACCGCUUCCAGACGCGCUCUGGUCUUUUCAUUUUAUUUGUAUUGAUGUGUGUGUGUUUGUUUUAUUUGUGUGAAAAGUUCAUUUCAAUUCCAGCUCUUACUUCAAUGUGAACGUGGUGAUCUCAGAGCAGAACCAUUCCUGUUGACACACGUUCCUCUUUCUCUUCCUGUUUUUAUACUGCCGGAACAUUUCAGCUCAUCACCACUUCUAUCAUGACUCAGCAAAACACAAACACAGCACUGAAGGCCCGUUAGAACCACUGUGCUGCCCCCUAGCGCCAGAGAGGCGGUACUGCGUUAGACGAGAGGACGUGAGGAGGAGGUUCUCAUGACGUCAUGGUUCUGUUGAGGAAAGCUUUUCAAACGCGUUUCAUUGUGAAAGCAGCGAAGAACCAACCGGGUUGAUCCGUGAGGCGACCCGGCGUUCUGGUCCUUGUUUAACACCGUGGAGCUUCUAAUGCUCCACCCCUCGUCUUCAUCGAACUUUAACUGAGGGAGAACACCAGCCAAUGGGUGUCGAGUGGACGCCACGCUGCUGAUGGGUAAUUGAUCUUCCUCUUUGGUUCUCGCGCUCAGCCGCUGGCUCGUGAAGCGAUGACAUCGAACUUUAAUCCGACUGGAGGCCGGUUCCACUCGAGCUCCACCUGUCGGCUGUGCUCCACCUGUCGUAAUCACUCACCUCAUUCAAUCUACCUCAGUGCUGCCGCCCGCUGCCCCCUGAUGGAGGCCUCCACCCUCAGACUUAGUGUGUAGAUAUCCGUUCAGCAGGAUGUUCACACAGCUUAACGUCUGACUCCUCCUCCUCGUUGAAACUGUAUUUCCAUGAGAUGAAUUCCACGUCUGUGCAAUAUCUAACUUUUCCUUUUGAAUGCUCUCCUAUAAAUGUUUAAUAAGUCCUUAAUGACAGCUUAUCGGCCUCGUUCCUGUAAUUUAACCGUAUGUGUGACCACUGUGUGUGUGUGUGUGUGACCACUCUGUGUGUGUGUCUCUGAGCAGUUUUAAAGAGAUUAGACUUGAAUGUAUUCGGGUUCUUCUUCCUGUCCGGGGUCCUGGUCAGAACCUGAAGCCGUCCUGCAGCACCAGAACUGAACCAUGACUCAGCACGUGGCCGUUGAAUGGCAGAGAGAUGUCUUUUUAAUAAAAACUCAUUCUAAUGCAAAGUGACUGUCGGGAGACGUCGAGUAGCAAUAAAGAGCGUUCACCCGAGUGCCUUCAGGGGUCCGAUCCAGACCCUCAGGGACCCGGUCCAGCGGCGCCCCCCCUGUGUGUUAGAGGAGGCGUGGCGGUCUGAGGAGUGUGUGUCUGGUUCUGAAGGUCCGUCUUCAUGUCACGUGAUCCAGACUCUUUCAAUCCGGACCGGUCUCCCUGUGGACCGCUUGUGUUUCCAAUAAAGAGCUUUGGGUCUGA